CUGCAAUCAACAAGUGUGUGGUCCAGCUUCCUUCCAGGUCGCAUCCAGAAUGGGUCCAUACUCUUCGUCAGGAGGGAUCUAGAGCCAACAAACUUGUUGCAUAUCGCUGUCAUAGGAUGAUUGCCGCUUCCUGCUACCGUCUACCGACCACAUGGCCUCCAGGGAUAUCAUCCGGCGGGGUCACUGUGUGUGUGUAAGUGCCAGCAGCAGCCCACGAGAGAGCCUUGUCGUCAGCGAGAAAAUCGCUAAUGUGCCCCACGGGGUAUCAUUUCAACAAUCUUGUGUCGAGUAUAUAUUGACGACCUGCCGUCAUGGCUGAUGGAGCAACUUUUCCCAUCAAUUGCCCUUUAGCUUCUCUCACGAAAAGAAGGACAUUUUCCUCCCUGAGAAGAGCAGCACACAUCCUCAGCCAUGACUUCCGCAGUACCGAUAACCACGCUGAAGGCAUCCGAGUUUGAUCAUCUGGAGGUCGACCCUAUCAAGAGCGAAGGCUCGGGCAUUAGCGACGAAGUCGACUGGACCGAGGAAGAUGAGACACGCAUACGAAGGAAGAUCGACAGACGUAUCGUGCCCUUGGUCACCGUCCUCUACCUUCUAUGCUUCCUCGACCGAGCCAAUAUUGGAAAUGCCCGGAUCCAGGGGAUGGCCGUCGACUUGGAUCUGGUCGGCUACCGAUUCAACUGGGCACUGAGUGUGUUCUACCUAGUAUAUCUGCUGGUUGAAGUGCCGAGCAACAUUCUGUUGAAGCACAUUGGCCCCAGGCUCUACAUUCCGAUGCUGGUCAUGGGCUUCGGUUUCGUGUCAAUGUGUACCGCCUUUGUCAAGUCCUUUGAUACGCUCUGCGUCGCAAGGGCUUUUCUGGGAAUCUUCGAAGGUGGCACCAUGCCAGGAAUAGCCUUCUUCCUCAGUACUUUCUACAAGAGAAGAGAAUUGUAUUUCAGAAUUGGUAUAUUCAUCUCGGCAGCUUCGAUCGCGGGAGCUUUUGGUGGUCUCUUUGCCACAGCUUUGGCACGAAUUCCUCGAUGGGGAACAAAUUCCACACCAAUACACACGUGGAGGAAUAUCUUUUUCUUCGAAGGGCUGCUCACUAUGCUCAUCGCAGCCGGCGCCCCCUUCUUGAUGCCGUCCAAUCCUCAGACAUGCAUGUUCCUGACCGAAAGGGAGCGACACAUUGCCCACGAGCGCCUUAUCCGAGAACAUCGAGCAGAUCCGCACGAGCGAGUACAAUGGCGCCACAUCAAGGCCGCCAUCUUCAACGUCAACAACAACAUGGCGGCACUGGGCUUCUUCAUGAUCAACGUAACCGUCCAGGGUCUCUCAAUCUUCCUCCCCACGAUCCUCAAGGACCUCGGCUGGACUUCGACAAAGGCCCAACUGUACUCGGUCCCACCCUACGUCGCGGCCUGUCUCAUCGCCAUCGCCAUCGCCUACAUCAGCGACAAGACCCGCAGACGAGGCAUAUAUCUCGCCCUCUUCACCAUCCCGCCCAUUGUCGGAUUCAGUCUGCUCAGGUGGAACACGAACCCCAGCAUCCGGUACAUGGCGAUCUACUUCAUCACCACGGGCGCCUUUCCCGGUGGGCCCGGCUUCAUGUCCUGGGGUAUCAAUAACAGUGCUGGCCCCGCCACCAGGGCCGUGGCCACGGCGUACAUUGUCUCCGUCGGUACCGGAGGAGGUGUACUAGCAACUUGGACGUACCUCGUACGCGAUGGCCCCCGCUACCCGAUAGGCCACUCGAUCAACUUGGGGGCCCAAGUCAUCACCCUCGCCCUCGCGACAUUUGGCAUCCUCUACAACCUUCGCGAGAACCGCGUCCGGGCCGCGGGAAAACGCAACCACCGCCUCGAAGGUCUGACCGACCAGGAGAAGCGAGAUCUGGGCCACCAUCAUCCUGAUUUCCGAUACAUCCCGUAAACAUUCGUCUUGACGGUGAUUGAUCUCCCCAGCGUGAAGUCACGGGAUUGAUUUGCCUACGAUCCAAGGAGGAGGAGAAGGUGGCCACUCCGUAAGUUUGUCAAUGAACUUUUGCCAAACGGGACAAGAAGUCGGGGAGAGCAGUUGUGCAAAAGGACAAAGCAGGGUUAGUGGCGACAGGAGAGAGUGAAAAGAAGUCAAGCAAAAUAGAUCCACCCCGAGGAAAACCUGGAGAAUGAAUGCUUGGUUGAGAG